CAAACCUUCCAUCACCAUCUACACUACACCCUCCACUACCUCCCCAACCGCACACCGACCAAACACCUACCCUCUAUUCACCUCACCACCUCGCAAACCCUCAAACAACCGCAAUAAACCAAACCAUACAACCCACCAUGUCCCGCGAACAAUACCAAGUCCCCAACCUGGGCGGCGGCGGCGCCCAGAACGCCUUCGGCGAUGCUGCCGGUGGUGGCCCCAUGGACGGCCCUGUCGUCGCGUACCUGUGCGGCGAGUGCAAUUCGCGCGUUUCGCUGAAGAGGGGAGAUCAGAUUCGCUGCAAGGAGUGCGGUCAUCGGGUUUUGUAUAAGGAGAGGACGAAGAGGAUGGUUCAGUUCGAGGCGCGGUGAAUUCGGUUUCGAUAGAAUAAGUGGUUUGAGUUGAGUUGGGCUGGACUGGACUAGACAGAUAUGGUCUGGUUGGGCUUGUUUGGCUUCGUUUUUAUGUAUGAUGGGGUGGGUGCAUUUGGUGGCGCUUGGAGUUUGCUUUUGUUGUUAUGUAUUUCUUUGUGAAAGGUAUUUGUCUUGGUGAGGGAGGGUUGGAUGUUGGUGUGAGUGGGAGGUGGGGGGUAGAUGGGCAAGUGGGAUUAUUGUCGAGUGAAGAUAAGUGAUGAUGGGAUUUUGUGCGGAAAUACCCCUCGUCUUUGAAUCAGGCAGUUAAUUCA